AAAAAAGUUGCGACUUUUAGCUCGAGACAAUAAAUGGGCCAUACAUAUACGGGCUUAAGCUAACAACACUACUAUUGAUCGCAGGCCCGGUUAAACAAGGCUCGUACACGUGGCUCUUGAGACUCAUCAACUUCGGGUGUGAACUGUUGAACCAUCUCAAGACAUGAGCUAUCACGGCUCGUACACGUGGUUCUAACCACCUCAUUAUCUCUCGAACUUAAAAUUAACAAAAUUCCCAAAUUAUUUAGCUAUUUUUGUCUGAUCUGCCGACGCUAGCCGUUCUCCUCCGCCAGAUUCAAAUAUUUCCUCCGCCGUCGACACUCCUUACCUCCUCCGGCUCACAAACUUAAUCCACCAAUUUUACCAUGCUUUAGAACCUUGGGCAUAUAUCAAUGGAGAAGCGAGUCAAAUACAAGAGCUUUGUGAAGGAUCCAGGAACUCUUGGAUCCCUCGAAUUAAGUGAAGUGAUGCUGCUCUUUGUCCCAAAUGAUCCUAAAUCAGAUUUGAAGCUUAAAGUUCAGACUCACAACAUCAAAAGUCAGAAAUAUACCAAAGAAGGAUCAAAUAAACCUCCUUGGCUCAAUCUGACCAGCAAGCAGGGAAGGAGUCAUAUCUUUGAGUUUGAAAAUUAUCCUGACAUGCAUGCUUGUCGUGAUUUCAUCACUAAGGCCCUUGCUAAAUGUGAAGAGGAGCCUAAUAAACUAGUUGUCUUGACACCUGCUGAACAACUUAGUAUGGCAGAAUUUGAGCUACGCUUCAAGCUUCUUCGAGAAAAUAGUGAGUUGCAGAAAUUGCAUAAGCAAUUUGUGGAAAGUAAAGUCCUGACGGAAGACGAAUUCUGGUCUACGAGGAAGAAAUUACUUGGUAAAGAUUCCAUUAGAAAGUCAAAACAACAGAUGGGGCUCAAAAGCAUGAUGGUUUCAGGCAUCAAACCGUCUACUGAUGGCCGGACUAAUAGGGUGACGUUUAACUUAACGUCUGAGAUAAUUUUUCAGAUUUUUGCUGAGAAGCCGGCUGUUCGCCAGGCAUUCAUAAAUUAUGUUCCGAAAAAGAUGACAGAAAAGGACUUUUGGACAAAAUAUUUUAGAGCAGAAUAUCUUUACAGCACAAAAAAUACAGCAGUAGCUGCAGCAGAAGCUGCUGAGGAUGAGGAACUCGCUGUCUUUCUGAAGCCUGACGAGAUAUUGGCUCAGGAAGCUCGUCAAAAGAUGAGACGGGUUGAUCCAACUCUUGACAUGGACGCUGACGAGGGAGAUGACUACACCCAUCUUAUGGACCACGGGAUCCAGCGCGAUGGCACCAAUGACAUUAUUGAACCACAGAAUGACCAGCUUAAGAGGUCACUUUUACAAGAUCUUAAUCGUCAUGCUGCUGUUGUAUUGGAAGGAAGAUGCAUCAAUGUUCAGUCUGAAGAUACGAGAAUUGUUGCAGAGGCUCUCACACGGGCGAAACAAGUAAGCAAAGCUGAUGGUGAAAUCACCAAGGACGCUAAUCAGGAGAGGUUGGAGAGAAUGUCCCGUGCAACAGAAAUGGAGGAUCUUCAAGCACCACAAAACUUCCCAUUAGCACCACUCUCUAUCAAGGACCCUCGUGAUUACUUUGAAUCUCAACAAGGAAACAUCCUCAGUGAACCCAGAGGAGCAAAGGCGUCAAAAAGAAAUGUCCAUGAAGCUUAUGGAUUACUAAAAGAAUCCAUUUUGGUGAUUAGAAUGACGGGAUUAAGUGAUCCGUUGAUUAAACCUGAAGUUUCCUUUGAGGUUUUCAGUUCGUUGACCCGAACUAUCUCAACUGCCAAAAAUAUUCUCGGGAAGAACCCGCAAGAGAGCUUUCUGGACAGAUUACCAAAGUCCACUAAGGAUGAAGUUAUACAUCACUGGACAUCAAUACAAGAAUUAGUGAGACAUUUUUGGUCAUCUUACCCAAUAACAACGACAUAUCUUAGUACCAAGGUUGGUAAACUGAAGGAUGCAAUGUCCAAUACUUAUUCACUACUCGAUGCAAUGAAACAGUCGGUGCAGUCUGAUCUCCGGCAUCAAGUUUCCUUACUAGUUCGUCCAAUGCAACAGGCUCUUGAUGCUGCGUUCCAACACUACGAAUCGGACUUGCAGAGAAGAACCGCUAAGAUUACAUAGAGAACGUUUUGUACUUGGAAAGAAAGAGAUUUCCUUCGACAAAAAAUUAAACAUUGGACUGAACAUUUAGAUUUUGUAGUGUAAUAGAUAAGAUUCUUAAAGAACUUGAGUGAGAAGCAUCAUUAGCGGGAUUUGGCCAAGAAUGUUGCUUGUGCUACAAGGAACCUCUCAAUACCCCAAUUGUUUUUUUUUUGGGUGGCAAAACAGUUGGUUAAGAACUUGAUUGAGAAGCAUUAGCGGGGUUUGGUUAAGAAUGUUGCUUGAGCUAUGUAGUCACUGAAUCGGUCAUUAAACUCUCAUAAACAGAAAUCGAUGAUGCUAAUACUAUUGUUUAGUUAAAGGUUAGAUAUGUUGCUAAUGAAUUUGUUUAGUUUUGUAAGAGCAUAGUGAUAAUUGAGAAAUUGGAUAAUAUAUAGAGAAGACGAUGGGAAGUGUAUAGGGGUAUUCGGGUUUAAUUAACCUAGCAUUUGUUUUGAGAAUGUUUGUAAUAAAUUUGUUUACCAUAAAAAAACCUUAUAGAAAUUAAA